GAAAUUACAAAGGGGAGGAGUUCACCUUCCUGCUAUGGCUUUCAGGUCUGUCCUGGACUUCUUACUCCAGUAUAAAACUGAGAGCAGAAAUAUGAUCACAUCCUGAGGAGUCUAAUCAAUUCUGGUGUCAACACUGAGCCUAUUUAAAAUAGAGAAUGGAAUUGCUGUUCCUUGCUCUGCUCUGCCUGCACAUUCUCAAGACAGAGGCAGUAGUGGUCCACUGGUGCUAUCGGUCCCAGAAGUGUGAGCAGCCACAGUGUGAAGACCCUCCUCAGUGGCACCAGGUGAGCCCGGCGUGCAAGGGGACCCGGCAGUCCCCCGUCAACAUCGUCACCCGAAAUGUGCUCCAGGACAGGAGCCUGCAGCCCCUGAGCUUCGAGGGCUACGACGUGAGGGACUCGGCCAAGUGGACCCUGGAGAACAACGGCCACACAGUUAAAGUGGCACUAAACACAUCCCCCAAAGUCGGAGGAGGAGGCCUGAAGAGAAAGUACAAGGCAGUAGAAUUCCAUUUGCACUGGGGAGUCCCGGGUGAGCCGCAGAGCAUCCCUGGCUCAGAGCACAGCAUCGAUGGAGAGAAAUACCCCAUGGAGCUCCACAUCGUCCACAUAAGAGAAGAUGCUUCAGAUAUGACAGAAGCCAAGAAAACUCCGGAUGGUUUGGCUGUUUUGGCCUUCUUUGUCAAGGCUGACGAAGAAAAUAAAAACUAUGCAACUCUACUGAGUGAAUUAGAGAAUAUUCAAUACAAAGGGCAAACAGCAAAGGUGGAUGCUUUGCCACUGAACGAUCUUCUCCCCCCUGAGGAAGACCGGGGCAGGUACUACAGGUAUGAGGGGUCCCUCACCAGCCCUGACUGCUACGAGGGCGUCAUCUGGACGGUGUUUGAGAAGCCAGUGGAGCUCAGCCUGGCCCAGCUCUCCCAGUUCGCAGCCCUGCACUUUGAUGGGAAGAACUCCACUCCCAUGACGGAGAAUUUCCGGCCGGUGCAGCCCCUGAACGGGCGCAGGGUGCUGUGGUCGGGCACUGCCAUCGCCCUGCCCACGGCAAAGCUGCUGCUGCUGCCCCUGGCUCUGACCUGCACCCUCAGCUCCCUGUGCCACUGAGCCUUCCCCACCCCACCCAGCAGCCUGGGCCUUCGUUUGGGGUCAUUUUUGCUGUUCUUUGUCCCGGCCUCUCCGUGAGUUGUGUCCCAAUGCAGAAUAGCCUUGUCCUCCUCCAGAAUUUAACCGAGGACUUCUGUGCUGCUCUGGUGAAAUCCAAACCACCAGAACCCAAAGGAAGUGGGAGAUAAAGCAGUGAAAAUUCGAUUUUAAAAGCCAAUACACUUAGAGAAAGGGUUAGUCUGGAUUAUCCUGUGGUUUGAACCCAGCACUGGAAGGAGCUGCACAGAGAACCUUGCAGAGGAAUCUGUCCUUAAGUGCCUGUGAAGGGAUUCCUUUGGAGCACGUUUACAUCCAACACUGCAAACGUGGCAGUGAAAUGUGCAGUAAUUCCUGCAAUCCCACAUUGUCCUAGCCAAGGUACAACACAGAGCAGAGAUAAAACGCUCACACACAUGAGCAGCACCUGGCUCGUCCCCUCUAGGGAAGGACACUCACCCAGCACAGGAAUCCCCUGCUUCCUUCAGAAUAUCUCAGUAAUUUCAGAUAAGGACACUGGAUUCCCUCCCUGCUGGGGGAUAUCAGGUUCCCCUGUUAUUUAUUCAUCCUUCUCUGGGAUGCCAUGGCCAAUGUGAUGUGCUGGGGAGAAGCAGGGAGGACCAGAGGCACAUCUGUGGAAAUUCCCUCUCUUUGGAGGGCUGCUUUUGAAGCAGGAGACUCUGAGGAUCCUUCCUAGUUGUUAUUUGCCUAAUAAAAUAGGACAGCUCAAGAAAUGGCUCUUUCUUAUAUAUAAAUAUAAAUAAAUAUAUAUAUAUUUCUUAUAUAUAUAUAAUUUUUCUAUAGUAGCAUAGCUGCAAUAUUCACAUAUGGUCAAAAUUCAUAGUUUUUUCCAAGAAGAUUGUGGUUUGAACCAAUUCCUUCAGAUCUUACCCAAUUACUUAUAGAAAAUAUAUUGGGAAAUGGGGUUUCCUUAUAUUAUUCCAGUUCUCUCUCUGAAGAGGGACAUAACAUUUCUCUUUGGCUAGUGCCACGUAACAUGCUGCAGCUUCUUUUAGGAUUUUAGAUUUUGGCCACGCCAAAAUAGGAUUUCACAUUAGCAGAUUUGUAUAUUUUUUUCCUUUAAGGGCAAUGUUUGCAGAGAUGACUUUAUAUAUUUUCAGGAAAAUCCUGCCAGUGAGAGCAAUCACAGCUCACCAAAAGGGGGAAAAUUAUUUUCAUAUUAAUCAGUGAGUAAAGCUUUAAAAAAAAAUGAUGGGAAAGUAAAUGAACCUAUUUAAGUUUAAAGGAAAUAUCAUAACUUUAACUGUAUUUUUAUGUGACUGAAAAUCUUUGGAGGAGCAAACAGAAAUGAAAUAUUAAAGGUGAACAACAGACCUAUA